ACAGCGCCAACUGCAUUCAUUUCGAGGAUGCAAGGGAAGUGUGUUCCUGCUCUCGUGUUUUUCUUAAAAUUUGUGUUUAUUUCGUAAAAAACUGUGAAUAAAACACUUACACGAGAUAAAACUUUUAGCUAGUGUUAUAAAUUUGCUUUCACGUGAAUGUGUGAAGUUCACGUUUUGUAUUUUAUUAUAAAUUUUCAACAGAAAGACAUUUAGUUAGACAAUAUGGCGGAUAGCAAUCAGGGUUUCUCAGACACCCAAAAAUUUUGCUUUGAUUACUACGAGAAGAAUGUAUGUAAGAGACCAGGCUGUUCCCUCAGUCAUAAAAGGAAGAACCACAUCGACGUAGUCCAAGUCAAGCCGCGAGAGGGUUUUGUCAUUGGAAGAGUCAAGUCCACCCCGCUUUGCCGCUACUUCUUGCGCGGAUAUUGCACACAUGCUGGGAACUGUCGUUUCCGUCAUGAAAUAAUACCAGUAAACAUGCUUAAUGUACCAAAUACUAAUAGUAACCAACUCUCAAGCACAAAUACGCCAUCUACCUCUGCAACUCAGUUGCAAAACGCUAAUAAGAACGAAGACAAGAAGGCUAUACAGGCAGAGUCUUCAAUCUAUGCUUUAGCCACUUCAAAUAUCAAAAAUGGCAAAUUGGAGGAGGCCAUGAUAAACAACGCCGAAGGAGCCGCUUGUUCGCCAUUGAAAGACUCACUUUGGGUAAACGCUCCAGAAUUUGUGCCAAAAAGUAUCGCCACGAAGCCUUUGAGCUACGCAGCUGCCGUCAACCCAAACCCGACUGGUGCUGUUGGAAACAAUAACAGCACAAAACAACUUUGCCCUUACGCGAACAAAGAUGGCUUCUGCAAGUAUCCACCAGGCGAAUGUAGCUAUCUCCAUGGAGAAAUAUGUGAUUUGUGCGGAAACGCUGCAUUGCAUCCUUAUGAUGAAGAACUGAGAAAGAAGCACCGUCAAGACUGCAUUAAACAACAUGAGAAGAACAUGGAACUGUCCUUUGCCAUCGCUCGAUCAAAGGAAAAAAGCUGCGGGAUCUGUUUUGAGGUUAUUAUGGAAAAAGCCAACGGCGAGCAGAGGUUCGGAAUUUUGCCCAAUUGCAACCACUGCUUCUGCUUAAGCUGUAUCCGGAAGUGGAGACAAGCGAGGCAAUUUGAGAAUAAGAUUAUAAGAGCUUGUCCGGAAUGCCGCGUGACGUCUGAUUUCGUAUGUCCGAGCUUGUUUUGGGUCGAUACGAAAGAAGAUAAGAAUAAGUUAAUCGAUGAUUAUAAGUCUGCUUUAUCGACAAAAGACUGCAAAUAUUUCGAUAAAGGGGUGGGUAAAUGCCCGUUUGGUAAUAAGUGCUUUUAUCGUCAUGCGUUUCCUGAUGGUCGGGUUUGCGAUGUUGGUCCGCCACCGCGUCAAAGACGCCGUGGUGCGGGUCUUGAUAAUGCUGCUAUUGAAGUCCUACAGCAAGUUAUUUUGUGGGAUUUCUUGGACGAAAGAGAAAACCCAUGGCAAUCACUAGCAGAAGAUUUGGAAGAUUUGGCUGAUUUUUUUUCCGAUUCCGAAGAGUCAGAUUGGUCUGACUAUGACUUGUUCAUAAGUUAAACAGUUUUAAAUUUGUUUAGUUCAUUUUCAUUUCGUUUCGUUUUCGUUUUUCAUUUUGUAUUUAUGGGUUUAAGUUGUUAGAAGUCAAUAAGAAGGAAUUUUUAUUCUUGUUAAUGAUUUCUUGUAAAUAAUUGUUAUGAGUAUUGUCUUAUUUCAGAUGGAAUAUGAAUGAAAGCAAUAGCUUGGAGUUACUGCUUAUUAGAUUAGAUGAAUGAUUAUUGAAGCCUCUCUGUUUUUUAGCUAUUCAUUAAUGCAUUGAUACAACAUUUCUUCGUUGCUUUAGCCAUGUGUUAUUAACAACUUUAUGUUAUCCAUUGCUUUUGUAUAACACAUAGCUUUGCAACUGUAGUGUAUUGGCCAUGUUUGAUAUGUAAAACAAGUUCGUGUUAGUACCAGAGGAACUUUGUACAUUUUUUUUUGUCUUAGGCCAGUACCGUGUUGUUUUUAAUUGUAUUUUUUUCUAAGAAAAACUUUUGCCUUAAAAUACUGACAUGGGAAACGUCAAAAUAUGAUUUGAUUUUGUUUCUCAUAUAUUCCAUUGCUUUGGCCAUUUAGUUUUUAGGUUUUGUUUUAAAAAGCGUUUCUCAAUUUGUUUCCAGUUUAAAUAAAUAUAUCAAGUUUAAUUGUGGGAGUACCCCUUAUCGACAAAAAAAACUUCUAUAUUUAUUCUGUUUUUUUUUUUUUUGGUCGAUAUGGGGUAUUGCAAUAGACCGAGAUAUAUGCAGUAUUCACAAUUUAGCACACGUUUCCUUAAAUACCGCUUUGAAUUUUACAUAUUCACUGUUGUUGUUUGGCUAUGUAGACUUUUCAUUUGUAUCCCGAUGUAAAGAUAAUGUUCUUGUCAAUAAAAAAAAUGUGUUUUCUUUAAA